AUGUUGGAUUGCUACGAUUCUUAUGUUCUGGAGGAAGACAAGAUGGGUAUGACGGUAACAAGCGGAAGUGUUGCAUUAAAAAAAGACACUCAAAAUCUGAUUGGAGUGAGCAUUGGAGGUGGUGCCCCUUACUGUCCAUGCCUCUAUGUUGUCCAGCUUUUUGAUAACACUCCAGCCGCCCUGGAUGGCAACAUUCAGUCGGGUGACGAGAUCACUGGUGUCAAUGGAGUCUCUGUGAAGGGCAAGAGUAAAGUGGAAGUGGCCAGGAUGAUACAGAGCCAUCCGGUAAAGGGCUUAUUUUUGAAUUACGUUUGUCCAUCAAACAACUAUUCCUCAGUUCGUUGA